AGAAAAACCUCACAAAUCCAAACCCAUGCGAGCCUCAGCCAAGAAGGCGCUAGAUGAGAUGCAGGCCAUCCAAAGCGAGCAGCAGCGGCUGCAUCGUGAGGCACACGUCAGCGUACCGUACCAUCAGCCAAAGCCACGCACGCUCAAGGAGUUCCUGAGCCGGCGUACCAUAAACAAGCCAUUGGCCGUGGCUCUGGCCGGUGGAAGUCCCAUGCCCAACAAAAAAGAGCCGAGGAGAUCAAUGGGUCUGCGCAUGACUAGUGAGGAGUUGCAGGCAUAUGCCAAGCUAAUGGAGGAACGCGCCCAGGAGGCCACCGAGUUCUUUAAAUCUGAGUCAGAGCAUGAAGACGACGAUGAAGAGGAAGAACCAAUUGCAAAAAACUCAGCUGCGGUGGAUAUUGAAACAGAGGGCGGCGAACCAAAAAGCCAGUCCGAAGUCAAUGACCAUUUAGCACAGCCGGAAGCUGAGCCAGCCCCGUCCGUAGAUGUUGAGAGUGCUUUAGAACCCACUGAAGCCGAAGCAAUGAUCAUGGCAGAGGCUCAACCCAUGACAGAAGCGAUUUCACCCACUAAAACAGGGCUGGUUACUGAGAUCGUGGAAUUGCCCAAACUGGAUUUGAGCACACUGAACGUUACACCACCUUCUAAGCCCUCUACGCCACGAAUUAGCGAGGCUAUACGACGCCUGAAGGAUGAGAAGAGCAGCGAUGUGAGUCCUUCGCUGAAGGGAGAUGCCAACAUGGUGAUUGACCUGGAAACAGGCGACAUGUUCGCCAAGAAGCCAACCGGUGUAGAUGACUUGCUGCAACGUCUAAUAAAGACUCGUGAGACCAAAAAGCACAAGACUACGGAGACUGUCAACAUCUUGUCCACUGCACAUGGCAAACUGGAGCUGUCAAAGGUGAGCAUACAUCUCCACGAAGAGGAGCCUGUCAAUAAGGAGCAAAAGCCGGGCGCAGCCUACCAGAAAAUGCAGGAACAUCUGAAAACGUUGAUUACCAAAAAGCGAAUGGAGGAGUUACGCAAAAAGCAGGCUGAGGAAAUGGAAGAUGCAGUUGAUGAUGCUGAUGAAAACGAGGCUAUGGAUGUAGAUGAAGAUGAAGAAUAUGAACCAGAAGGAAAGCCAGGCAAAAGCCAACUGAUUAUUAAUGAUGAUGAGGAAAUUGUUGAGGAGCAGCUCGAAGAAGAUGCAGAGGAUGAUGAAGAAGCAGAUGCGGAACCUGAAGCUGCUGGUGGUGAAGCCGAAUCCGAACUGGAAGCAGAAUCGGAAACAGAGGUGGCAGCGGAGCCAGCAGACCCAGAAGCAACAAGCAACAGUAGCGACAGCGAACCAGAAGAGCAAACACAGACGGGCAAGCGUAAGAAUCGCAUUAUACGUGCAUUCCAGGACGACAACUCCGACGAGGAUGACGUCGAUUUGUUGCAGACACCCAAACCAAGCAAUGUGGCGCCAAUGACAGCCGCCCAGCUACAGUUAUCCGCUCACAAGCUAUUCGAUACAGAAGUUGAACGCACGGCCAGCGAUGAAGAGAAUGAACUGUUAGGCUUAUGUUCAGGGAGAUUUACUCAGUCCGACAUGUCGUCGGCAGCACCAACGGUUGGAGCACUUAUUAGUCAAAUACCUAUAACACAAGCAACACCAAACGAUCAAGCACCCGAUGAAUUGGAAGCGCUAUGUUCAGGCGCCUUUGAAACGCAACCGACCCCGCUGCCUGAGCCGGAGACCAAUCAAAUAUUGUCCAGCGAUGAGGAGCCAGCAGAACAUACAGAGACUGAGAAGCCGCGAACAAAAAAGUUGACUAAGAAGCGUCAAAAGAAGAAGGCCAAAUUGGGCUUCUCCGACGACGAAGAAAGCGAUGAAGAUCCAGCUGAUAAUAUGGACGAGGAGCAGCCGGAAAGCGAUGUAGAAGAGCCAGCAGAUGUGCCAGAAACAUUCAUCGACUAUGACUCCGAGGAGAAUGAAAUAGUUGUCGAGAUGACAAAAAAGGAUCGCAAAUUGCGUGCGGCCAACUUUAUGGAAAAAGAAGCUGAACUAUCUGAAUCAGAAUGGGGCUCAGCUGAUGAAGAUGAGAAGAACAUGGACAGAUAUGACAUUGAGCUGGGUGACGAAGAUCAGUUCGACCGCGAGAAGUUGCGUCACGAACUGGGACAGAUUCAUGCCCGCAAAAUGCUUGACCAGGACAUACGCGAGGUGCGCAGGAUUCAGGAGAUGCUCUUUGAGGAUGAAGAAGGUGCCGUACGUCAGCGUCAGUUUCGAUGGAAAAAUGCCGAAAAUGGUUUGGGUUUCAGUCUAGAUGAUCCACGCAAGGAGAACGCUGACGGUGAAGCCAACGCGGGCAGCGGCGAUGAGGAGAACGAGCAUUUGUGGCGCAAGAUUCGCUACGAGCGCGAGCAGUUGCUGCUCGAGAAUGGACUGAAGGGGGAAGCAACAGGAAGCGGCUUGCCUCUAUCCCCAGCUGUGGUUAACACCACUGUGCGCAAGCUGACCAUUAUAACGGCUAAAAAGACAACGGUGGAAGCGAAGAAGAGUUCACCAUUUUUGAUUUCAAAAAGCGUAAACGGCACACAACAACAACAACAGCAGCAGCGGGCCGUGCGUGGCUCAUUUCUGGUGCGGGACAAGGAGACACUCAGCAAACUGGCGGGCAUGACCAAAGGCGCAGCUGGCGAUAUGGACGGAUCAGCGGGCACUGUUUCCGUUAAGACGGCCAAAGCCAAGAACUUUGUGUUUGCCACGCUAACCGAGGAGGAGCAUGAGAAUCAAAAACGCAAAGCGGCCGAUUUACUAAACAGCAGCAAUGAGACGGGCGUCAAUUUUAUGAAAAAGCCACGUCUGGAGCCGCGACGUGAUAAGUGCCUUAUCGAUCAGCUGCUUUAGUGCAAACAAUUAAGUUAUAUUUAGCUGUA